UGUGGGAGCAGUGGGAAGUCGCUCCACGCCGUCGCUGUAUUUUUGAUUGUUUUACGACUUCUGCUUUUAUCCCUCAUUGGUCAGCCGUCCGUGUUUGUGGAUGUAUUUUUUAGCAUGAAAGACGCGUUACUUGCGGUCCCGUUUUUAACUUGAAAAACUGUUCGCCUAGUUGUAGCGUGCAUCCUUCAGCCUGGUCGUGUUUUGUUUUUGCCCGUUCCCUAACCGCUUGGACCACCGACGGACUAUUUACUAUCUUUAUUUUUAAUUUGCACUUUGGGCACUGAGACUUUUUCCUGGAACUUAUCGGCUCUGAUCUAAACUCGUGUUCUGCGUCCGACACUGAGGCGUACUGUUUGACUUUACAUCUGUCUGGAGGCGUGCGUCGUAGCGGAUCCGGGAAGAAGGCACGCUCCUGUUGCUUCGGUAAAGCGCGCGCACCGGUCCGGUCCAGAGCCAGCGUGAUCCCGGUGACUCACCGCGCAGACUUGGCCCACGCAGGGGUGCCCUUCCCACUCGCGUCGGGGGGAUUUUGCUGGAACUUCUGUGCCGUCUUCAGUUUUUGUCAGGGCGCAGCGUUGACUAAAUCGGACUGAAAAUGCCACAGUUAUCAGGCGGUGGAGGAGGAGACCCGGAGCUGUGCGCCACGGACGAGAUGAUCCCGUUCAAAGAUGAAGGGGACCCGCAUAAGGAGCAGAUCUUCGCCGAGCUCAGUCACUCGGAGGAGGAAGGGGACCUGGCAGACAUCAAAUCCUCCCUGGUCAACGAGUCAGAGAGCAGCCCCAACAGUAACGACGCAGCUAGACAGUCCCAAAUACCACAAGAUUCAUAUCAUGAAAAACACAGAGACCAUCCGGACGAUGAUUCAAUUCAAAACGUCUGCUUCUUCUCCGCAGCAAAACAUCAAGAUCUGUACGGUAAAAGCCACCCAUACCCAGGUUACCCAGGUUACAUCAUGAUGAGCAACAUGGGCAAUGACUACAUGAACAACGGCUCCCUCUCUCCGCCCAUGCCCAGAACGUCCAACAAAGUCCCAGUGGUGCAGCCGUCCCAUGCAGUCCACCCCCUCACACCUCUGAUCACUUACAGCGAUGAGCACUUCGCACCAGGGCCCCAUUCUGGACACCAUCAAGACAACAACAAAGGAAUGCCCAGGCAUCACCCAGGACCAGACAUGCCAAACUUCUACUCCCUGUCUCCUGGAGGAGUGGGUCAGAUCACACCUCCUCUGGGCUGGUUUUCUCACCACAUGGUCCCCGGCCCCCCUGGUCCUCAGGCGACAGGGAUCCCCCACCCGGCCAUCGUCAACCCACAGAUUAAACACGAGCCGCCCCACGAAACAGACCUCAUGCACAUGAAAUCUCAGCAUGACCAGAGAAAGGAGCAGGAGCCCAAAAGACCGCACAUCAAGAAGCCUCUAAACGCCUUCAUGCUCUACAUGAAAGAAAUGCGCGCCAACGUGGUGGCUGAAUGCACGCUAAAAGAAAGCGCCGCCAUCAAUCAGAUCUUAGGACGAAGGUGGCAUGCUUUAUCUCGGGAAGAGCAAGCUAAAUAUUAUGAGUUAGCCCGCAAGGAACGGCAGCUCCACAUGCAACUGUACCCAGGCUGGUCCGCACGAGACAACUAUGGGAAGAAGAAGAAGCGGAAGAGGGAGAAGAUGCAGGAAACAGCCACGGGUACAGGCCAGAGAAUGAAAACGGCGUACAUCUGAGAAUAUGGAGGAAAGAGAAACAACUUCUCCACAUGCAAAGCGAAGGCAGCAGCUCCGGGCCCUCUGCUAGAGAUGGAGGCCUGCUAGAUUCCAUGAAGACCUGAACAGUCCAACCUGAACCUCCACUUCUCAGAGGACCCUGCCCCCUCCCACUUGCCCCCUCCCUUCCCUUCCCGCCACCUGUCCCCUCCCACCUCCUCCCCCGUCUCCUCGAACCCCUUGAACUUUGCCCCCCCCCCCGCUUCAAACCGCCACAUGCUGACCACCACCGCUGAGAACGCCUCACCGUCUCACUGUACUCCCAGAGACACUGAACUCAAAUAAGACAAUCAUGAUUACUCACUCACUAAACAGUAAAACUUCAUCUCUCUCAAAUCAGCUUUACUGCAAUCCAAGGCACUGCACUGAAAUCCAGCUGCCACUUUUGAUGUGCGCACCAAGCCCCGCCCCCUCUCACUCCUGUUUCUAAGUUAUUGUAAGUUAUUUGUCGCCUGGUUUGCUUUGUAUAGUCCAUUAUAGUCCAACAUUCGCUCCCUUGAAGUCACCUUCCCUCUUCUCACUGGAUUUUUGAGACCAUUCUGGGAUUUAUGCCCAAACUGACCAAACACCUCUUUUUAGACUGCACUAAGGAAGAUGGAGGGAUCUCAUCUUGUCCAAGAAACGUCCUGAAAGCGCCAUUUUUGUUCAUGACCAGUCGGUGCAAAAAGGAUUUUAAUUUGCUCUUUUAUUUUGAAUGCUUUUUUGUACCUUGAAUUCUCGUUUCAGUUUCUUGGUGUACAUUUUAGUGAUAUUUUUAAUAUUGUUUUUUAUAUAUAUUGUGGUAUAUAUGAAAAUAAGCUUUGGACACAGGAAAGCCAUUUUUUCUUGUUGAAGCAUCUUGCAGAAAAUUGAAAGGCUUUUUUGAUAACUAUUUGUAACAAAUAGUGACCUCGAGUCUUGCUCAGAUGUAAAAUAAUGCUCAGUAUGUGUACUUUUUAAAACUGUCAGGACAUGUCACUUUUCUUGGUAUUUUUGCAGGCAACAUUAGGACAAAGGCGAGAGUGAUUGCUCAGAGGCCUAUAUUUUAUUGUUGGAAAUCAUGACAAAUGAAACAGAUAUAUAUAUUUACCCCAGCACUUGGCAGUCUUUUUUCUUUUCUUUUAUUGCAAUGGACCUUUUGUCUUUUUCUCUGGUAGCUAAUAGUGUGGUCUUUUGCCAUGUUGUUUAUUCCAUUCAAGCAUCUCUGUAACAUUUUGAUUUAAUGUUCUAUUUUACUAUUACUUGACCAAUUCCUUUUUAAUUGUCAUCUUUUUGGGUCACUGUCAUCUUGGUAUAGCAUUCGCGUCCCAAAUGGUCAUAUUUGAACUGUUUCAACAUGUUUUUGUUGUUUUUUAAAGAAAAUAAAAAAUGCACACUUG